GGAACGGGGGGGGCGUUGGGUGCUGAUACUGGCAGAUCCUAGGGGGUUGCAGGGAGCGGGCAGCUGGGGUGAAAUGAGAAACCGAUCUGCCCGCCUCCUCCUUGCAUGAGGAUGCUCCUGGGAAGUGCUGAUGAGAUGCGGGAGUGAAGGGUUAUGGGGGUGCCCCAUGGGGAACUGAUUCCCCUAAAUUGUCUUCACUGUGGGACUGUUCUGCCUUCUCUCCCCUCCAAAGGCUCUGUGUCCCAGCAGUUCUCUCUGGGGCCCCAUAGGGCUGCCUCUCUUGUGUGCCAACAGCUGUCUCCCUGCCGUGCCGGUUGGUUCCUGACCGCUGCCAUGCUGGACCCGGUUUGGGCCCGUCAGAUGGUAGCAUGUGUCAGGGCAGGCAGCCAGCUUCUCUGGGCAGGCUGUAAUGCCAGGCUCUGCUCACCUGGGUGCAGAUGAGGCUGCCCUGGGAUCUCGGCCAUGCUGCUGGCCAUGCGCUGAAAGGCAGCCAAUUGGGGAUCUCCCUGCCUCAUGGAGGAAGGGGGUUCCAGAGUCUCAGGUGCCCCCUCCGAGCGAUCCCAGCCCCAGCGUUCAAAUCUCAGGCCUGCUGCAGGGGAGCAUCAGAAUAAAGCCCCUAAGGUAGCAAAGAGAAACCUUUGUGGGCCUCCGGAGAGCUGCGCCAGCCCCCAAAGGGCUCCCCGAAACCCUCCUGCUGUAUCUGGGUUCAAGGUGCGUCUCUGGGGUCCCGUGACCGCCUACCCUGCCCGCUGCACAGUUGCUAACGUAUUUAUCCCCCUUCCCCUGUGAGACAGGGCAGGGCUGUCCCCACUGUACAGAGGGGAACUGAGGCAUGGCGAUCAAGUCACAUGGCCAGUGUCACCUGAGCAGAGGGGAAUUGAAUCCAGCUGUCUGGAGUUCCAGGCAGGCUCCUUGGCCGCUGGUCCGUUCUUCCUACUGUGUGGCCAGAGGGAUGGCAGGGCCAGGUCCAAGGGGGCACACAUGGAGCUGGCUGAGGGUCACACCCAGCAUGGCGGGCGGCGGGAGGGAGUUGUCUUUUGGCCACUGCUUCUCUCGGGGGCAGCAGGGACUCACGGACCCAAACCAAACACGGGGAGGGAGGAUCCCUUGUCCCAGCCAGGGCUGGGGGUUGUGCCUGGAGGGUGGCCGAUCUGCUGGGGAGAGGGGGAGAUGAUGGAGAAGGGGCCGCACGGCCCAGCCAUUGUGGUGGCUUUUCCUCCCCACCCUGGAAGGGACAUGAUUUCCCCCCCCCCCAUUGUCCCAGAAGGAGGGCACGCAUCGCCAAUGUCCCUGCUAGCCUGCUCCAUGCAGGAGUUAGAGAGGGCAGAUGGUGCCUGUUCCCCUGGAGGCUGUAUGGGGAGGGGUGGAUAGUAGGCUCCUUGCGACCAUGGCCCAGCCCGAGAAGCUGGUUCUGGGGAAUUGAGAGGGUCUUGGUAUCAGGGCUUUACGCUCAUGAGGGCUCUGUUCCCCCUCGCUUCCUGCAGCCCCUGGGCCCGUGAUCUGGCCAGGCUCUUUGCAGUUUCCUUCUGUCCUAUGUCUGCCGCCUCCCCUUCAGAGUCCUGCCAGUUGGGGCGGCCGAGACACCUAGAUCCCUGGGUUCUGUUCCCAGCUCUGCCAAUGACUUCUGGAGUGACUGGCUCAGUUUCCCCAUAUAUAAAAGGGGGAUAAUACACAGGGCGGUGGGGCUUAACUAACUGCUGUCUAAAGCGCUUUGGGAUCUCCUGAAGAGAGAUGUUAUCAAAACACAAGCUGAUGCUGCCUUGUUGCCCCUGGCCCGUUGCAUUUUCUUAAUUUAUCCUACAUGCUUUUAACCUACCCUCUCUCCUUUAUGCAGCUCCGGUCUCUGGAGGGGGGCCACGGUGCCAGGGGGUGGGGUGGACGAAGCCUGGUUCUGUUAAUGCGCUUGUGCACAUUUCCGUUGUACGCUGAGGCAAACUUAUCUCAGCCCAGGCAGGAAGGAAGGAGUGUGGUGGGGAAGGGCAGGCUGUGCUCCAGGGCAGCUUGCAAUCUCUGGAUCCCCUGGCACAGCCGUGGACACCUGCAGAAUGCAGCGGGAUGCCCUCCUGGCUGGUCUCGCCCCGUUAAGACACCAGACUCCCCAAGGAAAGAGUCCUGGGGAAAGCCAGAGCUCAGCAGAGAACUUGGCAAUGCUUCCCUGUGUGUGCAUUUACUAGUGGAAUCGUGCCCCCCCCUUUUUUUCCCAGGCCUGCUGCCAGGGAUUUGGAGAUUUGGAGGGGGGGGGGCUGCUCAGCCUGGGAGAAGGAGAAGAACCAGCCCAGCUAAAGAUGGGAAAGACCUAUUGGCUCCCCUGGCCCUUCCCCAGUAGGGGAGUGGCUGAAGACUGUCUGUUCCCAUCACACUCCAGUGCCUUCUCUGCACUCAUGCUGUGGCCAGCGGGGCUGCCCUUUCCACAGUGCGUGGGCUGCAGGAGGGAAAGGGCACAACCUGCCAAAUGCCAGAGGAGGUGAUUGCAUUGGCAGCAGAGCAGUUACUCUCCUUGCGAGUCCGGGAUCCCGCGUUGGUCUGCAGCGAGCACGGCCAGGUGAGGCUGUGGCCUGUCCCGGGGGAGAGAGGAGGAUGAGCCCCGCGCCCCCGUCUGCAGCGUCGCCCUGCUCGUGUCACGCUGCACUGGCUGACCCCGUUCCGACCUGCCGCCAGCGCUGAGCGAGAGGAUGGAGAACUCCUCUGGGCACGCCGGGGCGCAGGGGAGCUCCCCGAUGCGCUUCAUCUUCUGGCUCUCGGGCCCACUCUCGCUCUUCAUCAUCCUGGCCAACCUCUUCAUCAUCCUCGGGAUCCUCUGCAACCGGAAGCUGCACGGCCCCGCCAGCUGGUUCUUUCUCAGCCUGCUGUCGGCUGAUCUCCUGGCCGGGGCGGCCCUGCCCUUCAUCCCUCGGAUGCAGUUCGAGGAUAGCCGGGGAUACCACAUCUGCUUCUUCGUCCACGUGGCCCCCAACUUCCUCUUCCUCGCCUUGCUGGCCAACCUGCUGGUGGUGCACUACGAGAAGUACUUAUGCAUCAGCUACCCGCUGCACUUCCAUUGCUUUUGGGUGCACCGCUGGGUGCCCCUCUGCCUGCUGCUGACCUGGGUGCUGCCUCUGCUCUUUGCCUGCCUGCCAGUGCUGGGGUGGAACCACUGGGGACCCAGCUCCAACUGCUCCUACCACCAGGUCUUCCCCACUGCCUACCUCUACCUGGAGAUCUACGGCUUCCUCAUCCCCUCCAUCCUGGCCAUGGCCUUCAUGUCCAUCCGGGUGCUGCGGGUGGCCAGGCACCAGCUGCAGGAGAUCAAGAAGGUGCUGCGCUCCGUGAACCAAGGCCAGGGCCCCUCGGAGCUGGAGCAGCAGCUGGAGCUGAGGCAUGCCAAGUGCAUCGCCAGCCUCUCCCUGAUCUUCCUGGUGUGCUGGGUGCCCUACGUGGCCGGCCUGCACGUCUCGGUGCUGGCCAUCCAGAACCGCAGCUUCAUCGACAAGUACACCCUCCUCAUCCUCACCUGCGUGGGGAGCAGCAGCGCCGCCGUGGUACCCAUCACUCUGGGCUUCUGCAACCGCCAGUACACCCAGUUCUGGAGGGAGGUGGUGGCCAAGGGCUGCGCUGGCUGCAGGGCGCGGUGCUGCGAGCGAGGGGAGGCCGGGCGCCAGCAGGGUGGGACGUCACAGAGCGGGGCCUCUUGCCUUCAGGCAGAAGGCAUGGCUCCAGCUCCCAGCUGAUGCCCUGGCCCCUGCGAUGGAGACACCAAACCUGCGACCGUGGCCUCUUGCCACAACAAGGCAAGUCUGGGACUUGCUGGGGAUGCAGCAGCUAAGGGGUCAGCGUGGACCUUUCAGAGGGAUCCAAUGAUUUACUGGGCCGUUAUAUUUUAAUGACCGAGGCAGGCAGGUAACCUCAUCCUCCCCCGCCCACACACGGAUGCUGGGCUGGUCAUUGCUGUUUUCUGCACUUUGGUUGGCCUAAAGAAUAAGCUUGGAUCUCAUGCCCCGGCCAGUCAGAUUUUGGUACGUUAGUUUUUCAAAGCAGGCCGUCGAUUCCGAGAAUGAUCUCGGCUUCUGAGUGGCUGGUUCCUCGCUAAACGAUCCUCCCUCCUGCAACCUCACUGGCUGGGGUGGCUUCCAUCUGGUGUGCUUCCAUCCCACGACGAUACUCAUCAAUUAUAUUUGUUCCCUGGGGGUAAGACCUGAGUUUCUGGGCUGAUGGGGGACCCGAUCCUGCCAGGGUCUAGCAGGUGCCCUGACCUCUCCGGAUCGGACCCACCUGAAUUCUCAGCUCCUUUGUUGACGUUAACCCCGCAGUGAAUAUGUGAGUCGCUGCACCCCGUCGGGACAGGCUACAGGGCGAGGUUUGUAUUAACGCUCGGAGUCAGGCCAGUGGGGCUAGGAAUUCCUGGGGCCCCAGUACCCUCCCUGGCACAACUCCCUGCCCCCCAAGUGCAAUUAGACGAUAGCACCCCCGAAACAGUGGGGUUACUGCUGCUUGGGUCCCAAAUGGGACUAGGGCCCGGCACCCCCGUGGGCUCAGAGACAGGAGCUUCAAGGGCUUAUAUCACUUCAAGGCAGAGCUCUGCUAGCAGUCACUUUUCCUUCCUGUCCCCUGCUAGGCCGAGCUGCUGCUGGGUCUCCAUGUGGGUAAAAACCGCAGCCCCCAGGCAGCGAGCCGUGUUGGCGGAGACCAAAAGUGACUGGCUGGAGAGGUUCAUUGGUGGGGAGAGGAGCCUAUGGGAUCCAGGCACCUUCGCCCCCUGUACGGCAGUGCCCAGGGCCGUCUCAGGUCUGGGUGCCCUUCAGCCUGGCUCUGAGAGCGCCAAGCCACUCCAUGCACGGUCCACGCCCCGCUCCUCGGACCGCCUCUCCCGCUGAGAGGCACAAGCGUCAGGCCACGGAGCAGGGAAGGGGUAUCCCGCGCGGCGGGGUCCCUGCGCCUGGGAUGUUCGGUUCCGGGCACACUAAGCCGCCCAACCCGGGUCCUGGACUCAGCCCAGUGCCUUUGCCCAGGCCCUGGCACCAUCUCUGCCGCAGCCCCUGGUGUUGAAAGGAGAUUCCCCAUUUUAACCUCGGCCCUGGCUCGUAAAGCCCAGUCUGCCACCAGACCUCCGAGCCUCCGCCUCGGGCUAAUGCAUUUGCUGCUGGGCCCUGUUCAUCCAGGGCCUGCGGCCCGGUUCCUCAUACGGCUUGUGUGUCACUGGUUGGCAGCGGUGGGAGCCCCACUGAACGGGGGAGGGAGUCGGCUGAGCCCGGGAUCCCGGCUCUCCUGGAAGGGAGAGUCAGGUUCCCGCCUCCUUGGCCGCUGGGUCCCUCUCUGCAGCGCGCUCCCACCCACGGUUUAUCCCACAGCCCAGCUGCUUCCCAGGGCCUUCUGCUUUGCGACUGUUUAUUUUUAUCCGUGAGCCUUUUUCCAGGCCUCAUGGGGAAUUUCCAUCCCGGCUGGGCCUGCCCCACCAGCCGGCUCCAGGGCCUUGUCCCUGGGCUCCCUCCCUGUUUAGCGGGCGAUUCCUGGGGAUGGCAGUGUUGGGGGCGAGCCAGGGCUGAGGGCCGGAAGGACCUGCUCUGUCCUGCUGUGUCCCACCACCCUCCGGGCCCGGAUCCAGCCCUGGCCAGGAGCUGGGGGAAGGACCUUGAGGGGGCUGGGACACGCCACGGGGAGACCAGCCCGUCCCCUUUUAUGGCCAGGGGCGGUUAGUGCUGAGGGAAGGGAACCAGAGCGAGGACCAGGGCAGGGGCAUCCAGGAACAGGUCUCUCCAAAUGGCUCCACCAACGUCCCCCAAUCCUGAUCCCCAGCCUCCCCCGCAGAUAUUCCACUCCGGGCCCCCACCCCACUCUGCGGCCGCCCCACGGUGCCCCCACCACCUAGGCCAGGCUGGCGUGGGAUGGAGACCAGCCAGGGAAGGCCCCUCUAGAUGCCGGAGUGGAGCGAGACCGGCCCUGACGGAUCCAUCCCAGGCAGGUCUCUGGGGACCUGCUCCAUAGCAGCCGCUGGUUUGAUCGCCGAGUCUCAGCGUGUCAUUAGAAACCAGCACAUUGCACAAGAGGCGGGGGGAGGGUUCCCCUGUGGAGCCCCCCCGAAGCUGGCCAGAGCGAAGACUGUCUGAGACAGGCUGCCCCCUUCUGUGCAUGUGCGAGGGAUGGACAGGGGAUGCUCCUUUAUACAUUUCCUGGGGGUUCUGUUGACUGCCUGCAUGCCCCCCUGCCUGUGACCAGGUGCCAGCCUGCAGCACCCCUAUUCUCCCCCGAUGGUGGGGUCCCCUUUCCCCCACGGGGCCCCGAUGCCCACAGUGCUCUCAUUUCCUUCCAGCUCCUGGUGCCCUGAAUCUUCCCUGGGUCCUGGUCCCUGCAAUACCCCCAUUCCAUGCUGGGGCUCAUAUCUCGCCCCCUUGGGCCUUGUGCCUGUGGUAUCCCUUCCCCUAUCUAUGCCAUCUCGGGGCCGUGUCCUGUUUUCCAUAUCAUCCCACCUCUUAGCUAAGCAAAUCGGCCAGCCCAGGGAUUUGCAUAGGGAGCUGGCUCCGUUGGAGAGACACGCCGGGCCUGCUGGCCCUUCGCACCAGCAACGGGCCUCGCCCCCGGGCCUUGUCCCUGUCAGCGGCUUCACCCGGCUGCAGUGGCUCUGGGACUGGGGCUGCUGCCACACCCUCUGGCUUGAAGCAGUAAUAAAAGACACCAUCAUCGUCACCGCCCCAGCCUGGGUGGGUCUGUUUGCAUGACGCCUGUUCGUAUGCGCCCCCUCGGGAUUUGCAUAGCCCUGGGUGCGCCUUUCCUGGCUCGCCCGCAGCCCGUGAACUCUGCUGCUGGGCUUCACUCCCCUCCCUGUUAGCAGGGAGUUGAACCAGAGCAGGAGAACCAGUUUGAACCAGUGUUUCUACUUGAACCAGAACCCAACCAGACCCAGAAUUUUGUCCUGCCGGCCGCACGCCCCAGAAAGGUGGGUUACCGGCUAACAGAAAGGACCAGCAUUUUUUGAGCUCACUUUUCAAAAUGCGGCUGGGAUCGUACGCUCGUUAGUAAACGAGCCAACGCAAGAGGCCUGUGAGUGCGGCCAGAAAGGCCUGGCCCAGGCUGAUGAGCAUGGGCUGAGAUGAGAAGGAGGCCCACCCCCAAGAGCAGGGAGGGAGAGGGAUGCAGCCGGGGGCCCAGAGCUAGCGGCCCACUUUCUGAGACUCCACCCUGGGGGAAGAAGAGGUGGGAUUGUCCCUUAGCAAUAACUCUUCAAACGCAGGGGAAAAGGUAACGGUUUGCAAAUCCUUCUCCUCCUCCAACAGGUCUCCUUCUGCCCAUCCCCAACCCCUGGGGCAGCGUCUCACGCCCAUGCCCCAAACUGCAGUGUCUCUUCACCACUGGGGUCCAAUACGCCGGUGCAGGUAUCAGAAGCUGGUACUUGAUUUCGCUCAAAGUGUUAAUAAAAAAUCGACUGUUUGUUCGACAGGCCAAAAAAACCCUAGGAAAACUCAUGUGAAAUUAAAAUUAACAAAUAAAUUAGUGGUCAAACAAUCAGAAGAGUUUCCGUUUUACGUUUCAACUCUCUUUUUGGAGUUUGCGUCCACUAAGAUUGAGAUCUGAGCUGAGCCGUUAUUGUCUUUUGGUGGCUUGAACUGGAACCGGACCCGAACACUCUGAAUGCAACUGAACCUGGGCCUGAACUGAGCUAAAAUAAAUAGCGAGGGCACCAGGGCGAGCGUGAAGGAGACUGCACCCAGAAGGGAGCAACCAGUGCUGCUGGAGAUGGGCAAGACACUAGAUCCCCCCCGGGUGACUGUCCUGGACCUAUAGGGAAUAGGAGCAACUCUCAUGGGGCAGCCCUGGCCCAGGGAGGGGCAGCUAUGGGGAAGGUGGACUGCGGUUUCAAUGGCAUUACACUGGAUC